UCUAUUUUUUCACUUCUUGCAAGACCUUCACUUCUGAAACCCUAAUCAAUCAGCCGCACAGUCCUCUGAAAAUGGCGAUCGAUAAUCUAACGACACCUGCUGCUCAGAAGCCGCGAUGGGGCGAACUGGAAGAAGAGGAUGACGGAAGUGAUUACGACUUCUUGUUGCCUCCAAAGCAGGUGAUUGGACCGGAUGAGCACGGUUUGAAGAAGGUGAUUGAGUAUAAGUUUAAUGACGAGGGUAACCGCGUUAAGAUAACUACCACUACCCGUGUUCGUAAGCUUGCCAACGCUCGCCUCAGUAAGCGCGCUGUCGAGAGGCGCUCCUGGGCUAAGUUUGGUGAUGCUGUUCAUGAGGAUGUUGGUGCUCGGUUGACUAUGGUCUCUACUGAGGAAAUUAUCUUUGAGCGACCUAGGGCUCCAGGUUCAAAAGCCGAAGAGUCGAACGCAUCUGGAGACCCACUGGCGCAAAUGUCAAAAGGAGGUGCGGUUCUUAUGGUAUGCAGAACAUGUGGCAAGAAAGGUGACCAUUGGACCUCUAAGUGCCCAUACAAGGAUCUGGCCCAGCCCAGCGAAACCUUUGUUGAGAACCCGAACCCUAACCCUGCGGAUGCCGGUGCUUCCGGUCCCAGCAAAGGAGGUGCAUACGUUCCACCCACCAUGCGUGCUGGUGCAGUCAGGCCUGCAGCUGGUGGUGCUGACAUGAGGCGUAGGAACGAUGAGAACUCUGUUCGGGUUAAUAACCUUUCAGAGGAUACCCGUGAGCCUGACUUGCUUGAGCUGUUCCGCCCGUUUGGUAGUGUAUCUCGGGUUUAUGUUGCUAUGGAUCAGAAGACGGGAAUGAGCCGAGGGUUUGGGUUUGUUAAUUUUGUGAGGAGGGAAGAUGGUGAAAGAGCUAUUGCGAAACUGAAUGGGUAUGGGUACGAUAACCUUAUCUUGAGUGUUGAAUGGGCUGCUCCAAGGGCAAAUUAGUUCUGUUUUUUUGCUUUAUGUUGUUUAAGCAAGCAAGAUUAUGAAAUUUUGUGUUUAAAAGUUUGAUGAAGGUUUCAGUGAACUUGUAUUUUAGCAAGAUCUACUUUAUUAAAUACAUAGAACUAUUAUGUUUUAUUUUUAUUUUUA